UUGCCUCUUUCUUCACUCUACCACCUGAAUGUGCUUCGCCUCCUCACGCCGCACGCCGCACGCCGCACGUCGCACGCCCUCGCCCUCGCCCUCGCCCUCGCCCUCGCCCUCGCCCACGCCUAUUCGACACGCUGCCCGGUCUGGCCUGACCCGACCGGCCAAACACACAGCUCGCCUCCUCUCGCUCACUCACAGUCACAUCGUUGAAUGUGCUUUGUUUUCAACAUUUUUAUUUCCCUUCCUACAUGCAAGGCGACGCCCUCAAUUCGUCUCUCCCACUUUUUGAGCGCCGUCAUCAAACUAGCCAUUCGCUGGCUAAAACCUUGACAAGGAUCUUCCCAGCUCAACCCUCGUCACCUUUGCCCGUCCGAUAACUAGUAGAACUGUGUCUCGACUGCGCCGGCCUGGACUACGAGAGAGAAUAAGAAGCAAGAGAGGAAAGGGAACGAUUUGUCUCUGUUCUGUUACGAGACGUUUGCCCACGUUCGUCCGCCAAGCCGCGAGGAGCCAUCCGUCAAGACACGGGCACAAAAGAUCCCCUCCCUGCUACCGCCCGUCUGCCCAUUCAUCUUCGGCAUCCAGCAUCCUCCUCACCUCCAGCUUUCUUGACUAGUCUCGCUCGAUCUUUGUUCCUCCGCAGAGACUCCCAAUGGACGUGAUCUGACCUGCAUCCCACCAUCCCACCAUCCGACGCCGUUUCUCCGUCGUCAUCCAACCAGAACCAGGUCAUCCGGAUCAGCCAUUCCUCGCCUUCCUACGCGCCGAUCAUAACGAGCGCAUCCGGAGCGAAAGUCUCCCCUCCCCCCGUCUCCCACGCUUCACUCGGCCAAGGGCUGAGGACGGAUCUGAGACGUCUCCACCCACUGCAUCUCUCGUCGUCAAUAUCACCUCAUCAUGUCCUUCCACACGGGCGGACAUCCGUCACACUACAACGCCGGCUACAAGGUGGAAACGGACAACAUGGCUCAAAGGCCCACCUCGUGGGCUCCCUCGCCGUCGUACGGCCCGCCCAGGCCAGAGGGCCCCUACACCUAUGGACCCGAACAGACGCGGCCACCAGCCCUGACGAGCAUGAACCCGCAGCACGGGUCGGCGAUGCGGGAACACCAGCCCGAAUAUUACCAGCCCGAGUACCAGCAGGCCCAGUACUAUCGCCAGGACUAUCACCACCACCACUACCAACAACAGCAACAACAACCACCACCACCACCACCACACGAAUAUCACCAACCGCCCUCGCCGGUCUACCAUCAGCCGCCGCAGUACCACCAGCACCAAGCGCCGCCGCCGCCGCCGCCGCGCCAACCAGCACAGCUCACAGACCCUUACAGGACGGCCCCCAUGCACCGGUACCCCCAAGAACCACCCCGCGAAUCGCCGACGACGGCGCCGGGCGGCGAGCCGUACGACCAGUACCAGGCGGCGAGAGAAGCGCACCUGCUCAAGCGUGACCAGCCGCCCCCGAUGCCGUACGUGACGCAGGGGGCGCCGCGUAUGCUGAACGACACGUACGAAGGAAAGGUGGCCAUCCCCUUCACGCCGCCGAGUCUGAGGAUCCCCGCGCAACGGGCCGGGUCUGCCAUGUUGACGGCGGGAGCGUCGUGGAGCGCCGACAGCCAGCCGGACAGGCUCAAGAUCGAGGACCUCCUGAGCGGCGGGGGCAGCGACCUGAUGGCGAUCCAGUGCGCCCCCGGGCCGGACGUGAAGCCGGUCCCGAACGAGUACGAGAUCUUCUUCCGCCAGCAGCCCAAGGCGGCGCGGUGCUGCGGCUACGGCGAGAGGGACCGGAGGGUGAUCGACCCGCCGCCCAUCGUCCAGCUGAGGAUCAACAACCCCGACCUCACGCCCGACGAGGUGUACCAGCGGAUCCGCCACCCGGCCUAUGUCGUCCACUGCACGAUCUGGGACCAGUUCGGCAAGGCGGACAUGACCAACAUGCCCGACGACGUGUUGAGGCCCGGGAAGCGGCUCAUGGGCUCGCUCGUGUCGUCGCCCUUUGUGGGCCAGGACGAGAACGGCGAGGAGGGCUGCUUCUUCUGCUUCCCCGACAUGUCGGUCCGCACGCCCGGCCUCUUCCGCCUUAAGUUCGCCCUCGUCGUAGUCGAUCCCAUGCACAGGUCGCCGCGGGCGCCCAUCAAAUGCAACAUUCUCAGCGACGUCUUCCAGGUCUUCAACGCCAAGGACUUCCCCGGCAUGCAGGCCAGCACGCCUCUCACGAAGCGUCUCAAGGAGCAGGGGUGUCUGAUUUCCAUCAAGAAGGGCAACGACAAGUCGGGCGCCAAGAACGCGCGCCAACAGGAUGACAGCGGGGAUGAGGACGAGGAGGACGAGACGACAACGCCCAAGCGGAAGAAGACGCGGAAGCAGAAGUGAGCGAGGCGCUUCCCAUCCCCGGGACGUGACGGCAAGUCGGCAACCGUUAUACGGAGCAUCAUGUAACACGGCGUUGGUGGCGACGGUGAAAAUCGGCGGAUAUACGGCGGCGAUGGUUUUUUCCUUUCCUUUUUCCCUCCCUCGGGGGGCGGUCGGGCUGUUCUCUACAAAACAGGCGUACAAAGGACGAGUUGUGGUGCAGUCCUUCAUGUCGGACGCCCUCCCCGAUCGUCUCCCAUGUGUCUAUUUUAUUCCUCUUGUCGCAUAGUUUCCUUUCUCUCUUUCCACUUACACCAAUCGCUCGCCAUUUCUUCGUAUCUAUAUACCCUUCGUGGAAAUUCUAUGGGUCAUGAUCUUGGAGAGGCCAGAGUCGGACAAGAAAGGUCGAUUCUCGAGGGCCCGGUUGCAUCAUCGGCGGGAGGAGGCGCAUGUUAUAGUCAGAACCGCCCGGCCUGCCCUUCUCCAGAACGGGCACAGGGUCUGCCGUUGCCUCGCUAGGUGCCAGACGCAAACAAUCAA